UCUAACACAAUCUACACAACACCAUUCGACUUCUGUAAUAAAAAAAAGAAAAAUAUCAGACAGAGAGAUAUUUCAUUUCUCGGAAAUUAGUAUUGACGAUCAAGUGCGAAGAACGCGGCGAUCCGAGAGUUUCUGAUGGCGGAUAUUUGUUACGAUGACGAACCGUCAUGGUCUAGCCGGAGGCGAAGGAUCGGAGUCCACCGAUGCAGGAUAUCUCCGUCAGAGAUGCAUCAGGCGGCGGUGGAAGAUACAGAGGGGGUUUAUAAGCGUAACAAGCAAGAGGAAAAUGAUAUUAUGAACUGUGCAUCAUCACCUGAUCAAGGUUGUUCAGAAGCAGUCGAGAGUGUGCUACUUGAUGACGUUGACGCCGGUGAAAAUUCAUCGGUUAUCGCAGCUAUUCCGUCUAAGGAAACGGCGAGAGAGACGGAACCGAGGAGGCCUAGAUACGGCGCCGCAUCAGUGUGCGGUAGAAGAAGAGAGAUGGAGGAUGCGGUUGCGAUCCAUCCUUCUUUCGUUCGGAAGCAAACGGAGUCUUCUCGUUCCAAGUGGCACUAUUUUGGAGUUUACGAUGGUCACGGCUGCUCUCACGUCGCCACUAGAUGUAAAGAGAGGCUUCACGAGAUAGUGCAAGAGGAAGCAGCUCUCUCUGGUGGUCAAAAAGAAGAAUGGAAGAAGAUGAUGGAACGUAGCUUCGCGCGCAUGGACAAUGAGGUUGUUCGUUGGGGCGAAACCGUGAUGAGCGCUAACUGCAGUUGCGAGCUUCAAACGCCGGAUUGCGACGCUGUCGGAUCCACAGCUGUUGUCUCCGUCGUUACCCCGGAGAAGAUCGUUGUAGCGAACUGCGGCGAUUCCAGAGCAGUUCUCUGUCGGAAUGGAAAGCCAGUUCCUCUAUCCACAGAUCAUAAGCCGGAUCGUCCAGACGAGUUGGAUCGGAUCCAGGAAGCAGGAGGGAGAGUGAUAUAUUGGGAUGGUCCUAGAGUCUUGGGCGUGUUAGCCAUGUCACGAGCCAUAGGUGAUAAUUACUUGAAACCAUACGUGAGUUCGGAGCCGGAAGUUACUGUGACGGACCGGACCGAAGAAGAUGAGUUUCUGAUUCUAGCGAGCGACGGAUUAUGGGACGUGGUGACGAACGAGGCGGCGUGCGCGAUGGUGCACAUGUAUCUUAACAAAAGAGGUGGUGGCCGUGGAAGGCGACGAGAAACUCAGGACGAGUGUAGUGACGGGAAAGAGGAUGAGAAGGUGGUGGUGGGGUCGAGCAAGAGCGGGAAGAAAGGAGAGAUCGCGGACAAAGCAUGCACGGAGGCGUCAGUGUUGUUGACGAAGCUGGCGUUGGCUAAGCAUAGUGGCGACAACGUAAGCGUCGUGGUCGUUGAUCUCAGAAGAAGAAGAAAAAGACACGUUGCUUGAGUUGACACUAAUCUAUCUCAUUACUCCACCGUCUUUUAAAAAAAAAGUAUGAUUCUUUUGUUUUUUUUUCAUUGGGUAAAGUGUGUGGAGGUUUCACUGGGACGAAGGCAUCUCAGUUCAUCUCCAAACCAUAGAGGAAAAAAAGCAUUAGUUGAAAAAAAUCUCGGUUUAACGAAACCGGUUAAAUCGGGGUAUGGUUGUUUUUUUUCUUUUUUCUUUUUUGUUCUGGACCAUCGUUUUUGCCUUUUUAGUUGUGUGUAAUCGACAAACAAAAAAGGAAGACGGGUUAUGUACUUAUGUGUCACCGUCUGGAUGGAAUGAGUUCAGAAUUCAAUAAAUAAAAAGCAUGUACGUUUUGUU